AGUCUUCUCCCACUUUUGACGCUGGCCGAUUGGAGAGAAGACCACAUUUAUGACGAAAGACCCCCCAUAUGUGUGCACUAUUCUUUAGAAUGGAAGCUCACAGUAAACGGAAGGAGUCGCACAAAGGAUAUGGAACAAGACGUUGUGCUCGCACCAAGCGCCAUCUGGAUGCGAGCACUCCGACCUAAUUUACAGAAAAUCGUAGAUACUAAGCUGUCAUCUAACAAAACAUAUCGGGCCGCUGAAACAAGCGUUACCGUACACGUAUCAGACCGUGCCGAACGUGAUCUCACGAAGAGAUUUGACGGACUCGACAUAGAUUGGGCAGUCCUCGAGAACCAGCUUGUAGCUUGGAGUCGGCUGUUUCGAGCUGGAAAAAGACUCCGACUCACAAUGGAGUUCAAGUAUAUCGAGAAAGGUGGGAAACUUGAAACACAUGGUGAUGUCCCACAAUUCAUCCGGGAGCAACUCAAAGCUGCAAAGCAGAAUGUUUCGAACCGCAAGCGAAAGCGUGACGAAUCGCCCGUGCGAGCUCUCCCACCAAUCAACAUAAAUGUUUCUUCAAGCCCGCACGCUGCCGACACUAGUGGCAUAUGGGCGACAGAACCAUUAGGACCAAAAAAUGUGGAACGCUUGAACAUUCCUGGUCUACGUGAAGAUAUUCUUCAGUACUAUACCAUGUGGCACCAGUCGAGAGUCAGGCAGGCCAACCUUAAGAGCGAAUUCAGCAAGGCUAAUGAUCUGACACUUGAGUCGGGAUUUUCCCUCGACCAAGUACACAGGGACCAGAACCCCGCAUUCUAUACCGAGCAAGGUGUCAAGCCUGGAAUUGCACGCAGUUACGUAGAAGACAUUCCUGGAUGGGUGGAA